UGCUUCUGGACUGCGCCUUAAAAAAUAAAUAAAUAAAAAAAAUUGACAAAAACACGGAGCCUGGCGACGUUUGUGCAGAAAGAUAGCAAAAACCCCAACAACACAGCGUGCACUUUUUCUUCCGAUCCCUACUUGCUCAACGUUUUUGCACAGGACCUCACCGAUUUGUGACUGUUUUUUUUUUCUUUUGAGAAAGUCUUGAGUAAUACGGGAGUGAGGUCAGCAUAGCAUGACUCAACCCUGGAUGUGCAUGCAGUCAUUUCUGGGUUAUUGCUUUUCCCUACAGCUUGGCGCAUGGACACACAGGAGUUGCUUUCCUUCUUUUUUUCACUGCGAUCUCUGAAGAAAGCGGUUGUCACUCAUGAACACACAACAGCAGUCAAGAACUGGGAGUUUCAGUUUGCCUUGUUACACAAGGGGUAGAAGAGUACUUGGUGCAAAGCAAUAGACAUGUUUGAGGGUCUGUCAGUUGACUUUGUGAUUUCUGCAAAUGGGAUGCUGCAGUUUUGCAUUUUAAAGCUGACUUCCAUUCCCACUAUGCUUAGCAGAUUUGGAUGACCCCACACUCUUUAAAACCUCUAAAAUAUAUUUUUUAAUAAAGAGCGACGUAAAAGAUUAAUCGCAGUGGCGAGAGCUUGGUGUGCUUUGGAGGUUUGAACUCUUCUUUACCCCAUCACAAGCUCGCUCCAGCCCACUCUUACCAUCGUUAUUCAUGAUAGUCAUGAGUUUGCCAGCUCAACAGAAAGCCAACCCAAAGAGAACAGGCAAACGCAUCACUUUUUUUAACGACCAGGCCGUUGCAAUGAAAGAAGCAUCUCAGCGCACGGAGGGCUCCUACUAUGGCAUGGGGCCCCCUCCCUCAGAGACGGGCCACAAUGAAGCUGUGGGUGUGGAAAGCUCCACUGCAGAUGCACCACACAUGUUUCUCAAUUCUGUCAUUUUCAGCCCAGAGAAGGGCAACCAAAACCGAGGCCAUUACCAACAGACUAUGCCGAUGAAGUGGUCUCACCAGGACCUGUCCCAGCAACCUCAACAGAGACCCGCAGCCUGGAAUCAGGGUGUCACAACGACAACUUGGGCUCAGAACUAUGCUCCGUACAUGGGAUCGCAUUCUGGUUUUGUAAAGCCAGUAUCUGAAGGAAUUGCAAUGCCACAGCAACAGCCAGCUGCCAUUAGGAUGGCGGAAAAGCAACAGCAGGCAGCUAACACAGGCGGUGACGCUUUUAGGGACACUUCUAAAGUCAGCAGUGGUCUGGACUGGGAGCAGCAACAACAUGGCUUUCCGCAGGGCCAUAAACCGACGCUUUUCAAUCCUCAGCAGAAUCUGACCUCCACCACUGGAAACACAUCGGUUCUUCAGCCCUUUCAAUUAGCUUUUGGGCAGCCCAGGCAGAACUUGGCAGCAGGUUAUUAUCAGGUAUUUCAUGGUAACAGAGCCUUGCAAAAUGUGAAUUUUGUAAACAGCCCCCAGACAAAUUCUCAAAGUCGAAUUCAGCAGCAGCUUCAACAGCAGCAGCAGCAGCAACAACAGCAGCAAAUCCAGAGACUGAUGCUCCAUAAACAGCAACUUCAGCAGCAAACACAACAGCUAGUACAACAACAAAUGCUGCAACAUCAACAACAGACACAACAACUAGUGCAGUCGCAACAGGCACAGCCUCAACAGCAAGCACAGCAUUUAAACCAGAUCCAGCAGCAGUCAAUACAAAUGUCACAACAGAUACAAAUACAACAGCAAGCACAGCCACUACAACAACAAUUGCAGCAACAUUUGCAAAAAUCUCAGCUGCAGCAGCCGCAACAGACCCAAUCACUAAAUCAGCAAAAAAAUGAACAACUACAAAAGCUGCAGCAAAUUCAACAAGUAGUGGAAUUUUCCUCUUCUGGUAAACAACUGCAGUCGCUUUCCCAACCUGAGCAAUUAACAGUGCAAUCCCAGGACACACCUGAGCCAACACAGCCCCAGGAAAAUGCUUCUCAGUGCCCUCCUGUACUUCCUCAGGCAUCCACUGAGGCGCAACAACCUGGACCCCGGCGGUCUCGGCGCCUCUCCAAAGAGGGUGGAGGACAGGCAGCAGAGAAUCCUAUCCUCAUGCCUGUUGAGCAACACACUCAGAGCUCUCAUAAUGGAGCCAAUGAAGCAAGCGAGACCGGAGCCAAGCAGGCCAUCCGAGCCGCUCCUACAGGUGUCAUCCAGAGCACGCGGCGAAAGAGGAGGGUGUCCCAAGAGGCCAAUCUGGAGACUUUGGCUCAGAAGGCCUCUGAGAUGGAGUCUUUACCUUCACAUACAGUCAAGGAGUCUCACAGGUCCUGGAGCCCCCUGGCAUCAGGCCCUGGUCGAGAAGCUGAAGAGAUGGAGGGUUUGAGUGCAAAACGUGCGAGAGAUGAAAGCCUGGUUCCUCUGGUGAUUCCGGUGUCGGUUCCUGUACGGCGGACGGACCACACUUCUAUGGACCAGGAGCAAAAUUCUCUGUCAGCCAGUUGGCCUCAGCGACCCAGUGAUCCAAACCGGACUGACCACAAACCCUCUGUCAUUGUCACACGUCGCCGCUCGCUACGCAACUCUCUGUCUGAGAGCUCCAGUCAGAAUGGCGGAGCUGAUCUUGGUGGCGAAAUAGAUGGCAAAUCUUCUAAAGUGAAACGGCGUCCCCGUCCUGAACCGCUCUUCAUCCCGCCGCCCAAAGUGAGCACUCUGAUUGCGCCACCUGUUUACUCCAGCAUCACACCCUACCAGAGUCACCUUCGCUCGCCAAUACGGCUGGUUGAUAACCCGCUUACGCUGCCCCCCUACACCCCACCGCCCAUCCUUAGCCCUGUGAGAGAGGGCUCGGGCCUUUACUUCUCGGCCAUCCUCUCUGCUGCAGCAGCUGUCGCAGGAACACAGGGCCUUCCUCCACCCGCUACGCCCAAAUCAGCCACCCGUAGUCUCCUCCGCUCUAACAGCACUGAGAUUACUCCUCCAGUAUUGUCUGCUAUGAGCGAGGCCACUCCUGUCAGCGUUGAGCCGCGGAUAAACAUUGGGCAGAGAUACCAGGCGGAGGUGCCCGAGCUGAAGGAGCGCUCAGCUGCACAGCUCGACCCACACAAGGCUGAGCUGGUGUGGGCGCCACUGCCUGAGCUGGAGUCCAAAGGCCAGCACCAGGAGAGAGUGAAUGACCUCAUGCACUUAGCCUGCUCCAGUGCAAUGUGUGGAGGAGGGACAAAUCAGGAGCUGGCCAUGCACUGUCUGCAUGAAUGCAAGGGUGAUAUCAUGGGAGCUCUUGCCCUUCUUUUGCUGAAAACCCCCAUAUUUCCAAAACCUCAUCCUCUGGCAAACUACCACUACUCCGGCUCAGACAGCUGGACACCUGAGGAGAGACGCUUAUUCAACAAAGGCAUAUCUACCUACAAGAAGGACUUCUUCAUGGUGCAGAAAAUGAUAAACUCCAAGACAGUGGCCCAGUGUGUGGAGUUCUACUACACCUAUAAGAAGCAAGUAAAGAUCGGCAGGAACGGCACGCUCCUCUAUGGUGAAGCAGAGCUUCCUGAAACACGGCCCACAGAGGAGGAGGUGGACUAUAAAGGUUCACAGAGAUUUGAUUUGCGAAAGGAAGAGGAAGACGACAGGAAGUGGGAGGUUUCAGGGGACAGGAAGCGAGAGAGCAGCCCUGACAGAGUGUCACAAUCUCUACAGGCCAAUGAAACGACUGGUGCAGUACUGGUCUUAAGGAAUCAGGAGGAUGGAAGACGGGAUCAUCCGACCAUUGCGGUGAGCCACGCCCCCUCAGUGCCUGCCAAACCCCGACCAGAGAGCACAGUGCGGAAGGGUGCGGUCGGGACAAAAGGUGCUGCUGCACAAGAGGGGGAAUUUCCUUGCAAGAAAUGUGGAAGGAUAUUCUAUAAGGUGAAAAGCCGGAGCGCUCACAUGAAGAGCCAUGCCGAGCAAGAGAAGAAAGCGGCGGCUCUCAGGCAACGGGAGGCAGAGGAGCGUGCGGCGGCAGCGGCUGCAGCGGCCUUACUGGCCUCCCAACAGAACGGAUCGCGAGGCGAGCAAACAGCAUCGCGGCGAGCCAGCAGCGAGGACUCCUCCGACGAGGAAGACUCGUCAGACGACGAAGACUGGCACUAGCAAAAACUCUUAUUCUGCAUGGUGGAGCUGGGACGCUUCUCCAGCACGACCUGAUACACUGGUCCGUGUGAGGAGGAAUAACUUGGCAGAUUGAACAUGAGCAGCUUCAGGGACUAAAUUACUCCCUUAAUGAGUGUCAAAGAGAAGCAGUCAGGGUUUCUCAUUUGGGUAUAGGGCUAUAGGGAGUACAAGCCAAGGGAUUUGUGUGUGUGUGUGUGUGUGUGUGUGUGUGUGUGUGUGUGUGUGUGUGUGUGCGUGUGCAUGGUGGCAGGCAUGUGUGUGUGUAUGUGUGUGUGCGCAUGUGUGCCAGAGAGUUAGUGUCAAAGAGAAGCAUUCAGGUUUCUCAUUUAGAAAUAGGGCUAUAGGGAGUAUAAGCCAAGAGUGUGUGUGUGUGUGUGUGAGUGUGUGUGUGUAACACACUGGUUACAGCCCAGGAGUUCCACCUGCUUACUUUACCCACCUACCCAGCACAGACUCACUUCACCUCUUAUUAUUCGCUGUGACUCGGACCGCCAUACAGUCAGUGUUCUGAACAUUGCAGCAAGACAUACAAACUGGUGAAGACAGGAGGACGGAUGAAUGUCACUCUUGAUCCCGACCUUUUGUCCUCUCUUGAUUUUUCUAAAUGAAUUGUGUUUGUGACUUUUUCAUGGUUGACUGCCAAAAGCUUUGCACAGCUGUACUUGUGCACCGUUUUUUUUUUUUUUCCUUUUCGUUUUUUUUUUAAAGUGCCGUAAAUUUGGGCUCUGGUGUUUUUGUUACGUUACUUCUUGCCACCUCGCUGAUGCCUUUGGAUGUUUUUGACACUUUUAAUUGUGACAUGACAAUCAAUUUUACAAAGGUUCUUUUUUAUAUAUCCAACAAAGUAUCAUUGUUUUUGAUAUAUUCCUUAUUAUUAUUGUUAUAAUUAUUAUCAUUAUAAGUGUUCAUUGUA